AGCAGCUGAAAGGUAAGCAGAGGCGGCCCGAGGCCCGGCCCACAUCCCCGGGCUCCCGUAGGGCGGCGGGCAGGGCCGCGCGGGCAGGGCGGGCGGCGAGCGCGCUUACGUGAGGCCGGGGAUCCGCCGGCCCGCGUCAGGCCCCGGGCAGAGGAUGAAAGGACAAUCUGCUUCAUCUUGAUUCUGCAGCAUUCCAAACUGUGGUAUCCUUGGGGUUCUCUUAACAUUGCUAUGGUGCAGAAGAUUUAAAAUCAGCUGAUGUUCACAAGGAAUAGAGUCACGUGAUGUAUGAAGGGAAACAUAUACACUUCUCUGAGGUUGACAAUAAGCCCUUGUGCUCAUAUAGCCCCAAACUGUGCAAGCAGCGGCGACUCAACGGGUACGCUUUCUGUAUCAGACACGUUCUGGAGGACAAGACUGCCCCCUUCAAGCAAUGUGAAUAUGUGGCCAAGUAUAACAGCCAACGCUGCACCAACCCCAUCCCCAAAUCAGAGGAUCGUAGGUACUGCAACAGCCACUUGCAGGUACUUGGCUUUAUCCCGAAAAAAGAGAGGAAGAAAAAGAAUGAUCCUAUAGAUGAGGUGAAGGUCAGGCACCAGAUGGAUACCAUGGCCUUUAGCCUCGCGGUGCCCCCGCUGGCCUUGAAGAUGCCCAAUGGACUGGAUGGAAUGUCCCUCUCUCCACCUGGGGCUAGGGUCCCUCUCCACUACCUGGAAACCGAGUUGGAAGACCCAUUUGCUUUCAACGAGGAAGAUGAUGACCUAAAGAAAGGGGCAACUGUGAGAAAGAAGUUGCAGAGCAAGUUGGCCCAGAAUCGGCAGCGCCAGAGAGAGACCGAGAUUUUAAAAGUUCGACAAGAGCACUUUAGUCCCCCUCCUGCGCCUUCACAGCAGCAGCCCCCGCAGCAGCACUCCCACCUGUCACCGUUAUCCACUUCUCUAAAACCUCCAGCGCCACCGCCACCACAGGGGUUAGUCUGCAAGUCACCUCCACCUCCGAACACCAGCCUACCAAUGCAGGGAGUGGCCCCCACCACACACACUAUAGCACAAGCAAGGCAGUUGUCCCACAAGAGGCCGCUGCCCCUCCUGCCAUCCAGUAGGGCUCCCGCCGCAGACCCGCCCAGGACUGACCGGGUCCUCAUGAAAGCCACAGCCUUCUCUCCACACUUCUCCUGUAUAAGUCGCCUGCAGAGACUGGUGAAACUGUGCACCCAGAAACAUCAGUUGGACACUGAUCUCUUUCCCCAUUUAGGGUUGGACUGGUCGGAAGAGAGCGGAGAGGAACUGGAGGACUCAGAGCAGGCCUCGCCAUACCAGGUGGCGUGGUCCAUCCGAGAAACCCUCAGAUAUGAAAGACACACGUCAGAUGACGAUGAUACGGAGAGUAGGAGCUCCAGGGUGACCCAACUUUGCACUUACUUUCAGCAGAAAUAUAAGCACCUCUGCCGCCUGGAACGGGCAGAAUCGCGUCAAAAGAAAUGCCGGCACACGUUUAGGAAAGCCCUGCUGCAGGCGGCCAGCCGGGAGCCCGAGAGCACUGGGCAGCUGAUGCAGGAUCUGCGCAGAGCGGCGUGCCGCCGCACCAGCAUAAGCCGGACCAAGUCAAGGGAGGUAGAGCCAGCAGCAUGCAGUGGAACCAUGAAGGGUGAACGGUGCCCUAACAAAGCCCUUCCAUUCACCAGACAUUGUUUCCAGCAUAUCCUCUUGAACCGCUCUCAGCAGCUUUUCUCAAGUUGCACGGCCAAGUUUGCAGACGGACAGCAGUGCUCUGUGCCCGUGUUUGACAUUACACACCAGACCCCUCUGUGUGAAGAACAUGCCAAAAAAAUGGAUAAUUUCUUGAGAGGAGAUAGCUCCCGUAAAGUUCAGCACCAGCAGCAGAGGAAACCCAGGAAAAAAACCAAGCCUCCUGCACUUACCAAAAAACAUAAGAAAAAGAGAAGGCGUGGACCUCGUCGACCCCAAAAACCCAUUCCCCCUGCAGUGCCCCAAGGAAACCUCAGCAUGCCCACCAGCGUCUCACUGCCAGUGGAGGCUGCCCAGAUCCGGAGCCCGUCCACGCCAGAGCUGAGUGCUGAUGAGUUGCCGGAUGACAUUGCCAAUGAGAUCACUGACAUUCCACAUGACUUGGAAUUGAACCAGGAGGACUUUUCAGAUGUCCUGCCACGGCUACCUGAUGACUUACAAGAUUUUGAUUUUUUUGAAGGAAAGAAUGGAGACCUCCUUCCAACUACCGAAGAGGCCGAGGAACUUGAACGGGCCUUACAGGCUGUAACUUCUCUUGAGUGCCUGAGUACCAUUGGGGUACUUACUCAGUCAGAUGGUGUGCCAGUCCAGGAGUUGUCAGAUAGAGGAAUAGGGGUGUUCUCCGCAGGUACUGGAGCUUCAGGAAUUCAGUCCUUGAGCCGAGAAGUAAACACGGACCUAGGGGAGCUACUGAAUGGGCGCAUAGUACAUGAUAAUUUUUCUAGUCUAGAGCUGGAUGAGAACCUGCUCCGUUCUGCUACCUUGUCUAACCCACCUACACCCCUGGCAGGGCAGAUCCAGGGGCAGUUCUCUGCCCCAGCCAACGUCGGCCUUACUUCUGCCACUCUGAUGAGCCAGAGUGCACUUGGGGAGAGAGCCUUCCCAGGACAGUUUCAUGGACUACAUGAUGGCAGCCAUGCCUCCCAGAGGCCACAUCCUGCCCAGCUGCUGAGCAAGGCAGAUGACCUAAUCACCUCACGACAGCAAUACAGCAGUGAUCAUUCACACUCCUCGCCCCAUGGAAGCCAUUAUGAUAGUGAGCACGUGCCGUCUCCCUAUAGUGACCAUAUCACCUCUCCCCACACGACAUCUUACUCUGGUGAUAAUAUGGCAGCUACCUUUUCAGCAGAGAUGCCCAUCAUGGCGCAGCACUUGCUCCCAACCCCACUCGAGGUGCCACUUGGAGGAGUCGUAAACCCCAGAACUCACUGGGGCAAUCUCCCUGUCAACCUUGGAGACCCCUCUCCAUUUAGCAACCUUCUCGGCGCAGAUGGACAUCUUCUUUCCACUUCCCUAUCCACGCCACCCACCACUUCGAACUCAGAGACCACACAGCCUGCCUUCGCCACCGUGACCCCCAGCAGCUCCAGUGUGCUUCCGGGGUUACCGCAGACCAGCUUCAGUGGCAUGGGGCCUUCUGCUGAACUCAUGGCCUCCACCUCUCCCAAGCAGCAGCUCCCUCAGUUCAGCGCAGCCUUCGGCCACCAGCUGGGUUCUCACAGUGGCAUUCCUAAGGACCUGCAGCCCAGCCACAGCUCGAUAGCCCCUCCUACAGGCUUCACAGUAACAGGUGCCACAGCUACAAGUACCAAUAAUGCAUCUUCUCCCUUUACCUCCCCUAACUGAGCGUGUCUGUGGGUUUGCAGGCAGGUGGGGAACCUGGUGUUUUCUAUCUUUGUUUCCUGUUUCUCAUCCCUUUCCCCCUUUUCCUAAAGAAGAUUUUAAAAAUCACAGGUGGGGACAAAGGGGGAACGCUCCCUUUUCCAGUUAAACAAGUAAUCCCGCGGUGGACCUUGCUUCAGUGUUCACAUGUGCUCCUUUGCACUGGUGCUCAUUCCCUCCUGGCAGGUUCACUCUACCCCAGUGGUUUCCUCAGUGGCUCAGCACCGUGACUGGAUAGAAUUGAUUUUUAGCAGCAAGUCCUAGAAGUGGAAGAUACCUCAGAUUACCAGUGCCCUUUACUAUUUCCUAGUAUUCAGAUCAAUGCUUUCCAUUCUAUGACCAGGUCUUCACAGAGGUGGUUCUAUAUAGAAUGGUCCUAUCCAUUGAGUUCCCGUCUACGUGAUAGCAGAUGGUGCGUAGGGGAGUAGAUCAAGGCUCUGACUUCACACCAACUGCUAAACACUGCACGAGGCCAGGAUUCCAUUCCUAAUUGUGAUCAUGUUCGAUUUAAAAAGAAAAAAAUUUUAGUCUUUUGACCGCCUGUGUGUAUGUGCACCCACGUGUGUGUUUUUGUGCAGGGCAGGAAGCACCUGUCCCGUCGUCGUCGUAGUUUCUUUUUUUUCCUAAUGAGUCUAAGGCUCUUCUCCUUUCCCACAUCUCACAACCCCAAUCAGGUUGGCCAUUUUCUCCCUGCUGUAUUAACUCAGUCUCCCGCGUAGAGAGGGUGGUGGUCCGACCAGGCGAGUUACACGACACUGUUCUUCUAAGUCACCCAGGAGCGCAGCGGGCCGCAUUCACGUUGGGGCCGUGGGGAUGUCACUAAGUUACCCAGCUCGUGCAGUGUGACUGCAGGGUUGCUGAGAUUCUGAGGUCUGGUGGUUAUUUUUGCCUUUUUAGACGAGCAUUUGUUUCUCCAUCCCUCUCUCACGGAAUACAUUCAUGAGAUGUAAUUAUAAAAAAAGACCAUAUUUUGAUCUGAAAAAGCAGGAGAGGUCAGAUAGAUUUGGAAAGAUGGGAUCUCUGAACUCCUUGAUCCGUCUAUUACUUUUGACUUUUUCAUGUUUACAGUAGUGAUUCUUCGGUAAGAUUUGUAAAAUGUUGAAGACACUUGUAGAAUCAAUGUAUCAGUUGUGAAGUGAUGUGUAAUAUCUGAAGGAUACACAUUUUAAAGUUUCUCUCAAAGCAGAAUAUGGAAACGAGACAUAAAUUUUACCCAUACCCUUUGGUACUUUUAAAAUAAUUGAAGGGCUUAGGUUUAAGUUCGGGGACUUUUUUUUUUUUUUUAAGUACCAGGAUUUUAGAGUUAAAAAUCAUAUUGGGUAGUUUAGUAAGUUGGUGACUAUGAAAUAAAUCUGUGAGGUUUCUUUUUACCUGCCUUCUCCCCUGCCUCCUCCCCAUGGGUGGAACUAGAUUCUAAAGGCAUCUGUGCUCUGCUUUUGCUGAGAAGUUUCACUGUCCCCUGAGAUACCAUUGGCUAUUUAUACCUGAGUCGAGUCUAAUUUACAUAUAUAUAUUUUAAAAGAUGAGUAGAGAACAUAUCUAUUAAUGAUGUGAUAUAAUAAUUCAUUUGUCAGGGAAUAUUUGAUCUUAAUUCCUUUUCAAUAGGUAAAGAUUUGGAUGUAUUUUCCUACUUCCUAUAUGUAUUCUCUUUAUGCCAUGCUAAUUCUAACCAGUCCCUUCUUUUGAAAGCUUUUCUUUCUCUGCUUUUUAAAGGAAUGAUGGUGAUCAGCAGGCAUUAUGCAGAUACCAUGUGCCUGAGAUUAUGGAGGGGAAAUGUCACGUGACUGUAUGAAAUCAUUAUAUGCCCUAGUUUGUAUUUAUUGAAGUUUCUUUUUGUGGGCCAAAAAUACAUUUGUAAUAUAUUUAGUUUGUUUUUUUUUAAUCAUGAUAAUUGAUUGGAAGAUUUAUUUUUUAAUAGCUUUGCCUUUUUUGCAGAUUGAGAAAUUUCUAAAUUAUAAAUUAUGUCACAAAGCAAAAUUAUAUUUGGUAUCACCAUAAAUUUCUAUUCUGAGUGGUGAGAACAGAUCAUUUGAGUAUUUCUCACCUGUGAAACCUAUGUUAGUAAGCUUUUUUAUUUUAAUGUACUGUAAUGAAAUGAUUACGAGUAGUUACCUCUGCUCAAAAGUAUCACUUAGUUUGCUCCACUCUUUCACUUCCCGUUACAAUCAUCACUAGAAAACUGUCCAUUCCCAGCAAUUCGAUCUAGUUUCCACUGUGUACAAAUUCAAGGUUGUAGCAGAGCAGCAGCACACUGACUAUCUUAUCUAUCAGCCCUUCUUUGACAGCAAAGGGAAAGUCACGGGUAGUCGGUUUGAACUUUUCUGGCUAUUUGUCCCUUGUGGUAGCUGCUUAAAAUUCUUCAGUUAUCAAAACUGAGUUUGCAGUAAGUUGCACAUUUUCUUGUUUGCAAUUUUCUGUUCUAUGUGCAUUGAAAAGCCCUUUUCCUGCUUUCUAGUAAGGAGGCAUGAAAUCAGGAAUGUUGCCAGUUAACAGCUUCACACCAAAAACUUUGAGUAAAUUCAUUUUUGUUUAGAUGCCCCCAGUGAUAGCCGAAACAGGGGCACCCGUAGAGAGUACCAGCAUAGGUCUGGGGAAUUAGCAAAAAAACACAAAUUUGUCCUCUCCUUUCAUCUCUGUCAAAACAAAUAGCCAAGCUUGCAAUUCGCUUUGCUCUUGCGGUUUCUUGUGAGUCCCUUUUUGGAAGCGAGAAGAACGUCUGUGAACCCAGAGAUACCGGUCCCGUUUUUCUUUUAGCUGACACGGAACAAUUCUAGUCUAUUAGUAGUAGGUGUGCUGUUAAUGUGUAGAGAAAGAAAUGAAGUGUCUUUUACUCCAGAAAUAGGAAAAUUAGUGUCUUUUAAAUAGCACUUAUGCUAUCAUAAGGCAAUACUGGAAUCAAAAACAAAUUUUACAUAAGGUCCUAAUUAGGUGGAAACUAGCUUUUAUUCUAGUGUGAAAUGAGAACUAGUGGCAGAGAAGUUCACUGUCUCUGCAGUUCUUUGGGACCAUUUAUAAAGGCCAGUUAGAUUGUGUUAAUGUGAUUUACUUACAAAGUUGCUGCAGUUCAUGGAUACAUUCUGUGCUUGGAGAAUCUGAAUUCCAUUCUAAGGAAUGAUACUCACUGGCUGUGAUCUUAUAGCAUCGAAGGAAAGAUGUGUUUUCUCUCCUUUACUCUCUCUACAUAAUUGUUAAUAUUAUUUUAAUUAAAGUACUUAAGACAUUGUUUUCUCCUCUGUAAAAAUGGCUUAGUAAUUUGCACAUCUGCGUAGGUUAUGUAGCUAGUAAACAAUUCAUAGUAGUAAAUAGCAAUUACACUUAACCCACCAAAUGACAGACUAUGCAAUGGAAAAUUUUGUAAUUAUCAUCACAUAGCUUAUAUGGUGAAGGAUUUUUUUUCCCCUCUCUCUCUAGUAACCUACCACGUGAGAUAGAACUGCUUUAUAAAUGACUUCCUGAGCAAUUUCAUGCUGGCAGGCGGUGUGGUGUGUCUAGUGUCCCUCCACGAAGAGAUUAUAAUUUAAUGAGAAGCAAAUAGUAGCUAUGGACAUAAAGUUGGAAAAUGUGUCUGGUUUUUUGUUUUGUUUUUCUUAAAAUUGUAGUUACCGUCUUGAGUGGCAUCAGGCUAAGGAAAGCUAAUACUUUAUCUUUGCCAAAUAAUUAUUUAUAAGAUUUAUUUCUUCAAUAGGCCCAGUCUCUCAACUGCAAGCUAAGAGUCCUCACUUUCUGUGACUAACACUAAAGCUUUUCCUUAUCAGAGCUCGCUCGCAGUCCAUGAUCACAACCCAGAGGCAAAGACAGUGCUUUGAUUUGGAAGGAAAUGGUGUCUGUGAUACAUGCCCGAUUUGUAAGCUUUCUUCUUAUGAAAAAGAAUUUAUAUUUCUAUUGACCUGUACCAUUCAGUUUUGCUUUGUUUUUUUAGUUUAAGUAGGUUCCACACCUAAUGUGGGGCUUGAACUCCCAACCCUGAGAUCGAGAGUCACAUGCGCUACCAGCUGAGCCAGCCACAUACCCCUGUAUCAUUCGGUUUUUAUCACUUGGCCCUAGAAUUUGAGCAUAUGUAGGUAACUCCCAUGCCCUUGGUUCGUGUUACUUGCCCGCAGUCUCUCCUGCAACGCUGCAUCACAGGGGCGGUGGUGGCGGUCGUGGGCUGCAUCAGCAAUGUUUGUGUGAGGCAAUCGCCUUCCCUCCAAGUUCAGUAGGUUGUUGUGGAUUGGUAUUGUAAAAAGAUGAGGAUAUUCAUAACACUAAGGUAAUUAUUUUGAUAGAUUUGGAAUUCAUUUUUAAAAAUUAGGUAUCUAGUUUCCACAUUCUUCAACCUCUUCUUUUUAGCCUUUUAACAUCCUACUAAGUUCUGUUUUUAAUCUGGUAUAAUAGAUUAGUCUAAUACAGUGGUCUUCUACAUGGUCAACAGAACUCUGCAGGCAAAUGAGGCGAUUUCAAGGAUUCCUUAAAAGAAAAUGUCAUACUGAAUAGUCUUCAUUUGUAUCUCUUUCAUCACCAACACCUACAUCGUUCCAAGGAUUUUUUUCCUGAUGAGAAAUACAUUUCUUGGGGGUAAGGUAGGAGGUGGAAAUAUAUAUAUGAUAGAACAUAGAUUUUCCCCCCUCUCACAAUACAUUGAAAAUACGGAAUCUUUACUGGCAUUCUAUAGAAAGGUUAAACAAUGACUUCUUAAUAUCUGCAGCCUUAUGAGCUUCCCAGUAUCCUGUUCCACAUGGAACCAGAAUUCAUGUUUAGUAGAUUAAAGUGACAUUUUCAAGGCUACCUUUCAAAAGAUUUGAAAUAAGAUACCAGUGAAGAACAUAUUUGGGGUAUCUGUUCAGCGUUUCCCCCUGACCAGUGAGUUAGGAAAGAAAACCUAAAAUGCAAGUGAAUAAGUUAUGUCUCCUAAUAGCCAGUGUCAUUAAUGCAAAGAUUGUGGGGCCGACUUAGCCUCUUUUCUAAAUAGCAAAAAUUCUCUUUGCCCUCAGCUCUAACUUCUCUUAGCCUCCCUCUCUCUGCACUGUGAUCCAGAGCCAAUAAAGGACACAUCGUAUUUCAGGGAGAGAGAGCAAAUUUGGUAUGACUUUCUUUACCAGAAACUAGGUUCCCAAAUCUUGGGGAUGUCUGACUACUUAGAGUGGCGGAGUUUUGGGGGAUCUAAAGUUGAGUCUGAAAAACAAUGUUGUAAGAGAAAAGUUGUCUAACUCUUAGUAAGCCUCUGUUGGGCAGCCCAGCUCUCCUUCCCUUUGCCCUCCUGCCUGCUGGCCUCAGUACUCCCCUACAUCCCCCUCUCAAGCCUACACACAUACACCCCUGAUCUGCCCUGAUCCUGGCCUAAGAGUCAUAGACACCACCUCUUUCACUUGUUUUUGUUUUGUUUUGUUUUUUGUUUUCGUUUGAGCUGGGGACCACUGAAGUAAGCUCUAUAUGCACCCAAAGUUCCCCUUGGGAAAAUGUUCACCAUGCACUGUAGAAGCUUCCAGUGCAGCGAAACCACACCAGUGCUUUUGCCUGGGGAAUAGACUGAUUGCCCUGAACUGACUCCACCCUGCGUCGGUAAGGCCCCGUGGGCACCAGCAGAUAAGCGUGCAAGUGAUGGGAAGCUGGAUGCUGGUGACAUUGUCUUCAUCUGCUCGGAAGGGUUGCAAUCAGUCCCUCCUCGCAGUGAUUCUUCUUUUCACUGUAUAGUGUUGAGUAUGUCUCAGGGAUUCCUUGUGGAAAUUAGGGCAGUUUGUAAAAUAAGAAACUAGUUUUAAGAGAAACUAAAGGUGACUCAUUGAAGAGAGUGCAAGAAAGAGAAAGCGUUCGGUUUUGUAGCCCACCGUGUCUCGCAUAGGACCUCUUUCCUUUCUCCUUCAGGCUCUCAUCUCCGCUUCAGCAAACAGAAUCCUUUCCCAUCACGCACAGCUUUAAAAGUUUUAUUUAAAAGUUUCCUUCCCCAAUGAGCUUUCAGAAUACUUAUUGUAGAUUUUAAGAGAAAAGGUAUAUUAAUUUAUACUAUUAACAUCACCUCAUAAAUUAUAAGUUUUAUACUAAAGCUGUAUUGAGUGUAAUGAAUUAUGUUGCCUAUGUGUUUUAAUAGCUUAAGAAAUUAUAUAUGAGCUUUUUGGGUUUUUUGUUUUUGUUUUUUUGUUUUUGUUUUUUGUUUUUUUAACAAAACAAACUAGUGAAGCACCUUUUUACACUGGAUCUCUGCCGUGUCAAGGUGUAUAGCUAUCCUUUGCUACCUUGCAGAUAUAUAAAAUAAAAGGAUAUCCUGGGGCCUCAAUGUAGAACACCUUUAGACCAUUUAUUACUGCUCAUAGAACUGUUGGGAAUCGUGUUUCUCUAGUAAAUGAUCUGUGGUUUACACUUAAGACGGCUAGAAGCUUAGUUACAGGGUAAAUAGAAAUACAUAGAUCAAGCAAAACUCCCAACUACUGUAGCUGGAAUUUGUAAACUAAGUUUUUAAGACCUCUUUUAUUUGCUAUGGAGUUAUUCUUUAAUUUACAGUUCCUUCUGUAAGUUGGGAAGUAAAAUAGAAAAAAUAAUAAAUUUAGAUGUUCUCAGUGUCUUAUUCAGGAACUUUUUUUACCCCUCCUCACUAAGGAAUUCCCACUGUGACUUAAAAAUAGAAUUAAAUUACUUGUGUGCUUGUCUCCGUCUGUGUUUUUACACACAUGCAAAAAUAUACAUUGGGGGCACGUGUGUGAGAGAGAUGAAUGUGUGCUUAGGUUAAAAAUAGAAGAAGGUAACAAUGUAUUGUAGAAAUACGGUUUAUUUAGAUGAGGCUAUCAAGAGUUAUUUUCUCAUCGUCUCUGUAGUAUAAAUACACCAAAUUCUUCAUUAUGCUAUUUUAUGUUAAAAGGCUAGCUCUGAUAUCAUGUGCAUUUUAUUUUAACCUUUUGAUUAACUUAUGCUAUGUUUUUAAAAUGACAUGAGAAACAGGUUCAAAGACCAGCCUCUCACUUUUGAGCAUAAAAAUAUGAGAGAGAGAGAGAGAAAGACAAACCAGACAUAGAGAGACAAACCAGACAUGAGCUGUGUUUAUCUGCUGGGGUGAUGGGACCAGAUCAGUUGAAACAACUUUUUUUAUGUUAAUAAUAGAUUUCUUUGUAUUCUGAGUUAGAAAAUCUUAUUGAUCAUCUUUUCUUGGUGAAGUUAAGAAAAUUAUAGGCUUUUAAUAAAGAAUGCCAUUUUUUGAAGGGACUGCUUUGUUGAAAGAGUUGGUGGGAUCAUUUCACCAUGUAUACUUCAAAGCUGGGAUGAUUUCAGUUAUUCCCAAAAAUUAAAAAAAAAAUUACUCCGUUGUGCUAUUUAUGAAGUUAGCGUGCCCUCGACCCCCGUAUUUUGGUUAUAAGAAAAAUUAUGCUACCCUUGACUUUUACCUGAUUCAUAUGGAAUUAAAAAAAGAUACAUUCCUAUAUUUUGAGUUUUGUCAUUUUGCUAUACUACACAUUCAGUACUGGAGUAUCUGGUGGUCUAACAUAGCCAAAACUAGAGUUUUUAUUAAAUGCUCCAAUCACAUUUAUUUUUACUAUUAAAAAAAUCAUGUACUUUGAUAUAUGUCAAAACAACUUCUGAUAACACACCAGAAUUUGUAGUUCUCUUUGAAGCCUCAUUCAUCUUAGGUAUGGUCAAGACCUAGGAAAGCUUUACAUGUCGUUCCUUUUAUAGUUGUAUUUCUGCAUCUCCCAGUUUCAUUCACUCUUGCUUUAUGGAUUUUUUAAAAAUCUGCAUAUUUCUUGUACAUAUGCAUGCAAAUGAAAGAAGGGAGUUUGUAUUGGUGCCAUUUCUCCCUUCAGUUACUCUGGUUAAUGGGAUUUGCUAGAAUAAACUCCCCCUGAUUGAAGGGUGAAAAUAGACCCUUUUGUGUAUAUCUGUACAGAGAUGUGUAUAUGGGAUGUGGUGGCACUUUGCUGAAUGUGAACUUGCCUUGUCAAUGGAAAGAUUGAAAAGUAUUAUGUUUAUUUAUACAUUUGUAUAAAUCUAUAUAUACACGUAUGUAUAUGUGUGUGUAUAGAUAAAGCUAUAUACAUAUAUUUCCCUAAAAAAUGUGUGUGUGUAAUAGAUAAACAGCCUUUGUUAAAGCAAGAUUAUACGUCGAUGGAAAACUCGAUGAUUCUGUAAGCAAGAGGAGGUGACAGCCUAGAGCACACCAUCGGUGCAUACGAAGAUGGGAGUCCUUUGGAUUAUAGUCUUGUUUAUGGUUAUUAUAAUUGAAUUCCUGCUAGAACUCUUACCAGUUCCAUUGUUCUUCAUCUUUGCUGCCUUCUAAAUCAAUCUCAUCACACUUCAUUGUAUUUUCCCCCCUUUAUUAUGUCCUUCCUAGCCGAAAGCAUUUGGCUUAAGCAUAAUUCAUUAACUUCUCAGUCAUUUCUUUUAAAGAUCUUUAUCUCUGAAAUUUUCCUGAAGAUGUAGAUUUUGGUAAUAGUUUGUCUAGUAAUUUUGAGGAUUGGUAUUCAUCUUCAUCUCAAAAAUAAACAGAAAACCAACAUUCAAACAAGGCUAAUCUGAAAGUUACCUAGAUCAUUUGGAGACAUUUUACUCACGUUGGAAAAGAGCAUAAUUAUAAUCUUAUUGGUAACAGCGUUAGGUUUAUUUCCCCAUUUACUGUCUUCAAUUUGUCAUUUAAAAAUGUGGUUUUCUUUGUGUCUUAAUCAUAAACUUACAAUUUUCAUUUUAAUGGAAAGCAUACAAAGUCACAUAAACCUCUUGAAUUCUACAACUAAUUUUGCUCAUAAAACUGCUUUAACAAAUUCUUAAGUAAUGAAUUUUGCUGUAUUUCCUUUUGACUUUUUCCACAUUUGUGACAUUCUGUUUUAACUUUGCUGCAGCUCUCUAGAAAACUUGCAUCCCUAUAUAUUGUGCCUUUAAAGCUCUUAUGCACACACAGACAAAAGUGUAUAUAUACAUGUCAGAGCAUGUGUACAUAUACUUUCGUAUAUACUCACACAGUAUGUCUCAUAUAUUGUGGGAGUGAAUAUAUAGAUAUUCAAAGGCAAUGAAAUGUUGCUUUCUAGAUAUAUAUGUAUAUAAAUAGUGUUGAUAUACUGUAUAUACACAUGUAUAUGUAUGAGUUUUAAAUGGCAAUCUUUUACAUUUAGCAAAAUGCUGCCCCUACUGGAAUAUUGUCACUGCAGUGGCAGUUGUAUGUAAUGAUUUAAAAUACAUUAUCGAAAAUUAUUUAAAGAACAUUUAAAAGUCUCAUCUAAAGACAUCCACACAUUAUUUAUUUAUCUUUUCCUUUUUAUUGUUACUUUUUUUUUUUUAACUGAAAGGGAGACUGUCAUUUUUUAAAAUGCCACCUGUCCUAUGGGAGAAAGAGAGAGCCGGGGAUUCACUUGAGAACCUCCUGCAUUUUCCCUCUCUCUGAAAUGGAGAUGUACCACAAACCAGCCUGUUUGUUUCAGUUAUAAAGCAAUCCUAACAUUUCCAUUAGCUUACGUCCUCCACCAUCUUCCAGAUCAACUUAAUUCACCAAUCUGCCUCUUCCUUUCAUUAAUAAAUAAUGAUCAUUGAGAUCAUUUUGCCUGGGGGAAGUUAACUACUCUAGCUGCAGGGAAAUCUAUCACCUAACUGUUAUGCUGCCUUGUUCAAAAUUCAACUUUGAGGGGAGGCAGCUCUCAUGAAGCUGUCUUAAGCAUGUUUUGCAUAUAUUUAGUUAAAGGUCUUCCCAGACGCUUUUUUCUUGUUAAAGAGCUCGGAGUCUGCAUGCACCUGCCGUAGAUUCAAUCCCUAUUCCCCGCCACUUCAGGUGUUUUCAUUAAUAUAUCAGUUUGCACUGAACGACAGACUAGGAAGAAAAAAAAAAAACAUUAAAUCUUUAAUUUUGCGGUGAGUUGGCAACAGAUUACAUUUCAAGACCUUCCAGAGAGAGGAGCAUAGAUGGACAAUCCUAAAUUGUAAGAUGUUAACAAAAAGCAAAAGAGAACCAAGAACCAACAGUGGAGUAAGAGUCCCCCCUGAAGACCAGAACCGAGAGGUUGGGGUUUGAGUGAUUUUACAGAGUAGUUUAGCUGGAACUUGAUAUCAGAAGCAGCCUUUAACAAAAAGCCUCUUGGCAAUCAUAGGGUAGGUACUAACUGGAGAACUGAGGUAUAAAUUGAAACCAAGUUGCAGUGGGAAAUCACAGGUGAGGUGGUCUCUUCUUUGGAUCCUGUUAAGUGACAGACAGGUUGCACAGUUUUAAAAUCUCUUCUUACAAAGUAACUGCACGGUAGCAAGGACUAGCAGUUCUCAAAGCCCUUCUUUUUCAGUGUUCUCAUUCACCUUGGCACACAAGUAUGUUUAACAGGCCAUACAUUAAAAAUAUUUACAAAAAAAAAAAAAAAGCUGCUUAAAGGGAACUUACAAACUGAGGAUCUUGUCUGGAUUUGCGUGAAUAGUGGCUAGAAGCUUAGUUAUAUGCACAAAAGCCAAGGGGCCACUCGUUUCUGCACAGACUGUAGCAGCAAGUUGAGGAGGUUGGCAGGUUUAGUAAGAGCCCCCCACCCCCACUGUUGUGGCGGAAAGGCGUGUCUGAUUUUGAGUGGUGUUGCUGGGUGGGGGCGGGGAACCACAUUUUGGGAGGUGAUGGGCUUUUGGUUUGUAAUUUCCCUUUAAACAUGAAGAGAUGGCUCACAUUUUCCAUAUAUAUCUCAAUGAAUGUACUGUAUUACUGUUUUAAAAAUUUGAUGAAAUAAUAAUGGAUUGGUCUCCUUUUGUUAUCUGGUCCUUGUUUAAUUUGUUUAAGGGUUUUUGUAUACAAAAGUUUACAUUUUUAUGUAUAUUUUUCUUGUGUAAAAACUGAUGUAAUAUGUGUAUAAAACACUGUAUGUAUUAUCUGUAUAUAGUGUGACAAAAUGAUUUUUCUUUCUUUCUUUUGGAUGUAUUAAUAAAUCUUGCUGUGAAGUAGC